AACAGCAGCGCUUGUGGUGUGUCUCUGUGUGAACUAACAUCAGCGAACGUUGAAGCAGAUUCUCUCGAAAUUCGUAACUCACCAUCCAAUAACACAGAUUCGACAGAUUUAACACUGAACCUACCACCGUCUGAUGACGAAACGAGUUUACAAGAACUUAUUGAAUCGGAAUUAGCCUUGCGAAAGGAACUUAUAGACGCUCAAUUUUCCCCUAGAAUCUCAGAUUACUCAGAUACUUUGGAAGAGGCUGACGAUACAGAUACGAUUGAUGCGAACCAGAAAACUUGUGAUUCAAUAAAGUCCUCGCCAACAAUUCUGUCUCCUCGGAGUUAUGACGAAACAGAUCGUAAAGCCCUUGAUAUCAAUACGCAGUUUAUUUUGGCCGAAAGGAAUCAUUCGUUUCAAACGUUUACUGGGAAUGAUAUGUUUUUUUUCAACACACUCGAUGACACGCAGAUCAAUGGAACUGAUCCAUACUUGAAAGACGACGAAGGCCUAGCAGAUCCAUUCCUGGGAGAGGAAUCACAUGCGGUUUAUUCCGACAUUGAAAGCACACAGGAACCAAACGAACUUGAAAUUUGCUCAACGUCACAUGUAGACGAUCUUGACGAAUGCCGUCAAGAAUCAUCUGAAUCUGAUUCGUCCAUCUUGAAAGAUGUCGAUCAUAUUACGCUUUCAACAUUCGAUCCUUUCACUACGAUAGUUGACAGCAGCAAAUCUGAGACGAUUGAUAAUCCAGAUAUAGUCGAAACACCGUCGAGUGAGUGUGCUGAUUCAGACUUCAUUUGUCUUCAGGUUGAGACAGGCGAUAAAUUCGAUACCGUGGUUGAACCCUCGCAAAAUUUGAAUGAGAAUUUUGGUGCCUGUGAUUGUAUCGAGACCAUAUCAGAGGAGGUUGUCCCAGAUGGGGAUUUUCGUACUAAUUAUGUUGUAAGUGUUGGUUUGAGUAACAGCAUGGAUGAGUUUGGGUGUGGUAAUAAUGAUCAUGUAACUAACGUUUUUGAUACUCUCGAAAUCGACGAUUAUGAAAUCCCUGUAACCCCUGAGGAAGCCACCGCUGAGAUAACCGAAGAACACGGUAAAUUCAAGAUAACAAUUCCAGAAAUUGAUAUAAUUCCUCCUGAUGACAAUGAAAUAAGCGAAAGUGAACUGGUUUCAAAUGAAGAACUGAGUAUUUCUAGUAGCGGAGCUGGACCUCAGAUUGAGUUGACUGGUCCUUUGGUUGAAGAUGGUUUUGAGACCUGGGAAACGGUUGCCGAACCAUCAGGGCGUAUCCCCGAGAGAUCUGACAGUCUUGAAUACGUCCCGGAAGAAUUUGGUGGUGGUACCGAGGUCGCGAAUGUGCAUGCAGAUGAAAUAGUUUCAGAAGUUUGUCCUAAAAACACUGACUCCUCAUACUCCGAUUCCGAGAAGAGCGAGUUUGUGACAACGAAGACAGCUGAAAAGAAAACCAAGAAGACGAAGAAUGAGGGUGGGGAGUCCACAAAAAUUAAAAAGACCAAGAAGACGAAAAAAUCCGAUCCUGAGAAAGAAAAUAUUUCUGUGGCAGACACAGCACUGACUCAUGCCGACAGUGUUGCAAAUAACGAGGUUAAAAUAUCCCCCAAAGAAAAUAUACCUGCAGAUGAUAAAAUUGUGGAUGAUGAUCUGUCCAGUGUUUCCGUCAAAGUAUUGAAAUCAACUUACGCAAACCAGAUUCAGACACAGGCAUCAAAGGAAACAGCAAAGGAAAUAGAUUGUGAUAUUCAGCUUUGUGGACCAAUUCAGUCACUGAAACAAACUUACUGUAACCAGGCACAGAAAAGUUACAGGAAACAAGAUAGUCCUGAACAGAAGGAACUUAUAGCAACCGGCAUCUCGAUUAAAGAACUCAGACGAAGCUUUGGUGACCUGAGUACUCUCUGUGACAAAGAGGAUGCGGAGGUAAGGGAUGAGGAUUCUGCUCCCUUCAGCUUGGAUUCGAAAGCUCGCUCUCUGGGCGACUUACACCGCAUGUCAGGUUCCUUUCAAACUAACAGCAACUGCAGCAGCAUGGACUCCAACAAGGAGCCCGUUCAUACAGGCGUCUCCGUCAGGGCUCUCAGAGCGAGUUUCUGCAACUUGGCCGACUCGCCUGCCGAAUCUGUCUCCGAAAGCAAACGGCACCAGAAAUCAAGUUUUUCGAAAUUUGAUCAGCUGAGCAAGAAGACUGUUCUGCAUGUCCGUUCUGUUGAUGCUGCCAAAGUUCAAAAGCAGUUCAACCAGUCUGCAGAAUCAGCGUCUGAACAGACGAGCAACUGCAAGUCGUGCGGAAAGCAGGUUUUCCAAAUGGAGCAAGUUAAGGCCGAGCGCGCAGUUUGGCACAAGAACUGCUUCCGCUGCAAGGAGUGCAACAAGCAACUCACCGUUGAUAUCUACAGCAGUCACGAGGGUCAGUUGUACUGCAAACCUCAUUUCCGGGAACUGUUCAAGCCCAAGGCCGUCGUGGAUGAAGAUUUUGAGCCACCUCGGCUAAGAAAACCAGAAAUGAUCAUCCGUGAAAAUCAACCAAUCGAAUUGCCUCCUGAAGUUGUGAGAGCAUCAGAUAAACCUGAUUUGGGAUUAGAAGAAUUGAGCUCUCUCAAUGUGAAAUCUCGAUAUCAGGUCUUUGAGAAGUCGGACUCGCUGAGUGGUGCUGAUGUAGAGAGAUCACCAAGUUCUGUCAGUGUCAAGCGAUCGCCCAGUAUCCUCAGCAAACUGGCUAGGUUUCAGGCCAAGGGGAUGGAUAUUGGAGUGACUGAUGACUCGCUUAAUGGAAUCCCAUAUGAAGAAAGCUCAACGUCCAGUGACGAAGAUGAAGAAAUUGAAGCGGAGGAAGGGGAAGCAGACAGAGAUUUGAUUCGCUCCAGUAGGAAACAGCGCGAACGACCCGUCAGCUUCAGUAAGAUGGAGGAUAUCAAGUGUCGGUGGGAGACUGGUCAGGCUGCCUGGCGAGAGGAGCAGCGGCAGGAGAGAAAACAGGAGAUUCAGAACAUUCGCUCGCGACUGUUCUUGGGUAAACAAGGAAAAAUGAAGGAAAUGUAUGAACAGGCUGUGAAGGAUAGUGAGAAUUUGACAACAAAGAAGGAAGUUGGUGUCCGUUCUGAGAAAGCUAAGAGUAUCAAGGAACGAUUUGAACGUGGAGAAGUUUUACCGGAUGAUGACGCUGUUGAGGAGGGCGUAGUCAAGGAUGACCACUCAAAGAAGGCUGUGGAUGAAGACAUGAGUGUCUUUGAAGCAGGCAUAUCAAAGAAGUCUCGUAGUUUAUUCUUGGAACUGGAUGCUACUGCUGCCAAGAACCACCAUCAGCAGCAGCCUUCAGCAUCGCCACUGAAAUCGCCGCUACCUGUUGAUGAUGCCCGAAGAAGAUCAAGAGAGACGGUUCUUCUGCGUCAGCCGUCAGAAGACGUGGUACGAUCUAGUGAUUUCGUUGAGGAUGUAAAGGUGGAAACAGCAGAAGUUAGCAACAAGUUUAAGUUCUUUGAAACUUACAAAGAACCUGAAAAACAGAGGAAACAAUUCCGCAUUACCCCACCUCGAGAAGGGCAGGUUAAGGCGAAUUCUCCUGAACGUGAAAUAUACAGGGAUCCAGAAGUUGUACGCAGCGAAGAUAAAGUGGAAGAUGAUGAAGUGAUGAAGACAAACACGGCGAAGAAAAUGCUCUCUAUCUUCAGACAAAUGGAGGAGAAUGCAAGCAAGGAAGAUAUCCCAGAUGGACCUAAGCCCUUGAAGCGGUUCACGCCUCCGCCAGAUUACACUCGAGAUUCGGAAACAGAGUCUGACGAGGAGGAGGAGGAGGAAGAAGAAGAGGAUGUGGACCCAAAUAUUGUCAGGUCAUCGGACAAGAUUGAAGAUGAGUUUUUGAAACAGGCACAGAAUGACGCUAGGGCAAAGGCACUUAGAGCAAAGUUUGAGCGCUGGGAAGAGAAGGAGAACAGAGCUAAUGCAAAUGCAGCAACAAAUGCCAGUCACGCCGUUGGCAAUCUGAAUGGCUCACUUGAUCUCGAUCAGUCGUCAGAGCACUCUAGUAUCGACACUACAAAGUCACUCCGAGCCCGAUUUGAAUCGCUCAGGAACGAGUCGCAACAACCGAAAGAGAAGGUGCCACGGCCCAAGGUCAACAGAUUUGUCGAAAUUCAAACAACAUGUGCGGAAUUUUGCUCGGUAUGUGAGAAGAAAGUGUACCCGCUUGAGAAAGUGGAGACGGGGGGCAAACCGUUCCAUAAGCAGUGCUUUAGGUGUCUCCAGUGCAAUUGCAUACUCAGGAUGGAAACGUACACGCUGAAUAAUGGCAAACUUUAUUGCAUUCCUCACUUCAAGCAGUUGUUUAUUGCAAAAGGAAACUAUGAAGAAGGUUUUGGUUUGGACCAACACAAGCGCAAGUGGAGUAUCAGGAAUAACAAUGAAGAUGACCUCCUCAACAGUUUGAACAGCGGCACAGAUCAUUAAGAGAAACCACCUUGAGAUGGAUGGAUGGAUGGAUGGAUACACAUGACCCUGGAGAGCACCGUCACAUGUUGCGUGAAGUAUGCGGGAGGAUGUGUUGCGUUUGCGGGGCUGCGUUUGAUGUAAUUUAAAACGAUUCUGUCGGGCAUAGGGCGAUAUUAGAUGACGGAACUAAUCUAAUUCAGAUAAAAAAUAUAAAUCCAACUUUGAUGGUAAUGUCAAAAAUGUUUUAACGCAGAAGUGCAACGCAUCUUCCUUACAAAACAUGAAAUUGUAAUUACAUCAAGGUAUACAUUUUUUUUAAUGCUUUAGAAUUGUUACAUUUUUCACCGAAGUAACAGAAACUCGUGCUUACUUUACUAUCAGGUUUUAUUUGUCUGUUUCUUCUAUUCUUAAUUUAAGUUGCAGACAUAUUACUCAGAGUCUUUGUUAUUUCGAUGCAGUUUCAUUUUAAAAAUCGCUUUAUGAAGGUAAGCGCUGCCUGUACUUGGGACAUAGUUCUGAGUGCAAAUUCUUACUACGCUUACGCUUCACUGUAGAAUUCUAUACUUCAAGCAACGCUGUCCGAGAAUACUGCUUCUUUUAUUUAAAGUGUGGUUAUGUCAUGCUUGAUUUCAAUGUUUUUAAAUGCUUCUGUAAUGCUGAUAAGAUGAAACAAGAAAGUAGUGAUUGUAUAUCUUAAUGUUGAUACCCAUAAAAUUGUAUCUAAAACUUAAAUGUUGCAUCAGCAUUUGAAAUUUUUGAUUUAACCGUUGGAUUAAAACAUUCAUCCUGAUAAUUUUUUCGUGGACGAGUAUAAUUCACAGCUACAGUCCCAAACGUGCAUCACUCGGCAACGCGUGUGCGCAUGGCAAGCCGUAUCUUAAUAGCUACAACGUUCCAAGUAAUUGUUUCUUUGAUGAUGUACUGCCGUCAACAUCUUUGCUUUAACUUUUGAAAAUUAAACAAUUCAUAAUGCGUCUUUGCCUGUCAAGAAUAUCAUUUAAAAAUAAUAGCAUUUAAAUCUCUUGCGAUAUUGUAAUUUUGAUAGGUUAUGUUGAUACUCGGCAGACAAUUUAUAACGUGUAAUACAUAGAAGAAAGUAACUGAGUAAAAGCUUUUAUUCUUCACUCGGUGUACUGAUUUCUGUUUGAAUUUUAUUUUGUGUAGUGAAUUGAAAACUCAAACUAUAGUUACUCACAAACCAGGAAGAAUUUUAUGAAACCCUUGAACCGAAAUAAUUUUAUCGAAAAAGGUUAUGAAUAAAAAUUUUUUUGGAAUUACAUAGAAUUUAAAAUUAUGUGCUGAAUUUUUGUUUUUUUAAUUUAACCUAAAUGUUUAGCAGUGUCACUAUAAUUUAUACCAGCAUUACAAGAAAAAUGUCAGGAUGAAUGUCAUACUUGAAGAGCGAACUAAGUAAUAAUUUUUCUCCGUUAACUUACUAAUUUUGCAGAUUGUACUUGGUUAUUUAAAGAUCAUUGUUUUUGUUGUUAACAUAGAUUACAUGCAUGAUCAUUUAAGGCUCCUACAUUUUAACAUUUAUUUGAAUAAUAUAUGAGUAAACAUUGAUCCACUUGAUAAAUAAUUUUAAAUGGAUAUUUACACUGUGCCGAAAACAAAAAUUGAUGUAGAAAUAUGUAAAUUAAUUUUAAACAAUUUCGUAAUAACAGUAAUAGAUAUUUAGACCAUAGAAGGUGAAUAGGUGUGGCCAGUAAUAUUAAAAAAUGUUCUUGAAAAUGGUUAACCAAGAGGAAAACGUACUUGAAUGCAUACAUGGCCACGCCCACUUACGUAUAUAUGUACACAUUGCUACAAUUUAUAUGAGAACUGAGAUUGUGAUACUUGUUUUUGAAAUGUGGGGUUAAGUGAAACUUGUAAUAUAAUUUUUUAACAUCGUGAAUUACCACAUUUUAAAAUAUUUAGUACGUCCUUUUAGCUAUUGAUUUAUGAUUUUCUAUGUGUGUUGCAAGAUAUUCUUUGAUUUUAGAUGGUAAAUUAUUUUAAUACAAAGCAUUGAUACUUACAAAGUAUAUGCCACAACAUGUUUAAUAUGAUUUCAGGUAAUAAAAAUAUGAAGUUAAGAAAAAAAUUAUGGCAGGUACCACAAGAUGUCCACAUUGUAAAUAAAUAAAGUAAAUACUUAAAGUUUCUGAAUAA